AUGGCCGCCGAGGCCCUAACACAACUAUCCUUCCUCGCCUUCUACCUGCGCAUUUUCCCAAUACCACGAUUCCAGUUGAUCUGCUAUUGCCUAAUGGGUCUCUCGAUUUGCUUUGGUAUCUCCAACACAUUCGUCAUGAUCUUCCAGUGUACACCUGUACCGUAUUUCUGGUCGGGAUGGACCGGUGAAUACGAGGGAACGUGCAUCGACAUCAAUGGGUACUCGUGGUACAAAGCGGCUAUUCAGAUUGCGAUGGAUCUGGGGAUUAUCACUCUCCCAAUUUGGCCACUGCUCCAUACAGCAAUGAGUACCAAAAAGAAGAUUCAGAUCAUUUUGAUGUUCUGUACUGGCUUCCUAAUUACUGUGGUCAGCUGCCUGAGACUACGAUCGCUUGUCGUGUUCUCGAAAUCGACCAACACAACUUAUGCAAAUACCCCCGCAAUCUACUGGAGUGUCGUCGAAUGCGAUGUGGCAAUCAUUUGCGCGUGCAUGCCCUGCCUCCCAUCCCUACUGAAGCAUCUCUUCCCCUCACUCUUUGGUCAAGCCUCAUCAUACUAUAAUGAUAACAGGUCACCAAAAUAUAAUGAGCACUCGGAUGGAUCUAUGCCGCUUGGCCGAAUCCAAAAAGAUACUUCGUGGCAGGUCAGCACUUCUGAGACUCAGUUGGUUCAUGAGCCAGUUGAAGAAUCGGUUGCUGUGAAGCCACAACCUGCUUGA